GUAGUGUUCACACAGUACCGCGUAAUACAAUGUCUAUUGUACGCAUGUCAAGUGACACUGUCUUAUACGUUAAUCAUGGUGGUGAUGACGUUCAAUCUGUGGUUAUUGCUUGCCGUAAUCGUUGGCGAGGCACUCGGUUACCUGCUCUUCAGUGCUGAGCCAUCCAGCGAAGAGUGUCUCUAUGAUGCGUCUAGCAACGAAAUGAGAGGUGCAUGUCAAUGA